AUGACUGCAAAAACGGAAAAACUCACAGCUGUCACGACGACAAGAGAGUCAAGCACAGACUUGGGCUCACUUGCCAAGAAGGAGAAAUACCAACACCCUAAAUUUGGGGAACUUGAUCUGACCAAGGAUCAAUACGACCGCUAUGAGCGCCUUGUCUACUCAGCACGGGAGUUUGCAAACUGUUUCUCUUUCAAACGAUCACGAAUGCUUGAGUGGUUAUGGAGUUGGGAAUAUAUCGCACUCCACCGCGUAAACAGAGUCGACUCAGAGACAUUUGAGCGAUUCCUAGUCCCUGCUGAAAAGAUCCUUGCAUUGAGGAAGAAGCAAGAUAAAAAAAAGAUCAAUAAAGGCUUAUAUAAGCAGAUUUGUGACGUGGCUGGAGACUAUCUUCUGAACUACACGGGAUCUAUCUAUAACCAAGAGUUUGAUGUGCUAUAUUUUAUCGGGCAGAUUCUUUGGAAUUUUUACGAAAGAUACCCUAAGCACAUCCCGAUGAAUACGGGUAAAAAGGAUCCUCUUGAGCAUGCCCUGGAAUGCAUCCACUCGUUUUCGGACUCGAAACUGGUGACUUUAAUCCCUGAGGUCGGCGCACUUGUGCCGAAUUUGAGAAGUCGCAAUAGCGAGCUUAGUCAGUGGGAUGAUGGAAGACUCUAUGGGCUGUCACAAAGAGUAUUAAAAUUGCUCAAAUGUGAGGGUAGCGACGAUGGCAAAGGCGUUGAAGAAAGCGGUUAUACAAUCAAUCUACGCAGAGGGUUGGCGCGUCAUACUAGCAGCUUGGACGCAGGUCAAUUACUGAACCAUGCAUUGAGGCUAGCAAGAAAGAUCCACGGAAAAUAUCAUCCUAUCACAUGGGAUCUGACGGAAAAGCUAGGAAGAUUCUAUCUCAACGAUGCAUGCAGUUACACUCUUCAGUACUACUUUUCCGACGUGAAAGGUGAUAAAGUACGCGGCGUUCAAAAAUUAUACGAAGACUUCUUGAAUGGGGCACUCGAAGGAACAAACCAUCAAUCUGUCAAUGUUGAGCUUUUCCGAGAGAGUAUCGCCCCUACACUUGUAGACUUCUACAAGAACCAUGAUCAAGACAACAAAGCACGAGUGUUGCUCUGGAAAUUCACCGAGUCGAUCAGCAGUGAACUAUAUGCAGAAUUCUUCAACCCGUUUUCCCCACCGUAUAUAAAAAUACGAGGCAGGAAUCAGCUUUUCAGCGCCAUUUCCCGUCUAGACGGCUGCGGUGUAUUCUCAAAUUUCAACUAUAAUAGUCUAGAAACCGCUAUUUUCGCGUUUGACAAGGUCGUGCUAUUAUCCGUCGAGCCAUCCGAUGAAGAGAAGAUGAUGAAAUGGCAUCCAUUGGUUGAACGUCUGCCUAUUGCAGAAAACCUUGGGCAUGUGGAUAUGCCUUCUGAAUGGAUUCCAGGUCUACCUGCUGGUUAUCAACCAAGGCCGUUUCGACGGUCAGAGGACAACUGCAUGGUUCUUGAAUUGCCGUAUAUCACAUACCGUAAUUUCAAAACCUCGCAAUGCUAUCGAUUCGGGAGUUCAUAUGCUUUCUACUGCAAGGGAUCAUUGAGUCACCCUACCCUUAGUAAAUGGAGAACACUUGAUAACGCUCUUGGCAAAAGCGGGCUGUUUGAUGUUUACAUGCUGAACGAUGUUUUCUUCGUUCAUUUCCCGAACGAUCCUAUUCCUGCUUUUCUGCUAGUUGACUCUGGAAGAGGGGGGAUCGAAGAAUACGUAUAUGAUAAAGAGACUGGCUCAAUUGUUGCUCGAAAUGGCCCUAGUGAGAAAAGUAGUUCAGUCGAUAACGAACAGAAGAGUACUCCUCCGGGGCAACUCGAGAACCCGGGAAUACUCAAAUCUCUAAAUCUCUCUCAUGGGGAAGCAGUCCUCGGCCUAUUUAACGAUACCCCUGGCGACCUCGCCGUGAUCGAUCAUCAGAUUGCAAACGGUUUCAACCUUGUGUCCGCCGAAUGGAUUGACUGGCGCCGCUUUGUGUUGCACAACUGUCCACCAGAACGUCAACCAAAACUCAUGGCAGCAGAUGGGACGCCUAUUCCUGUCCUUGGAUACAUAUACGGCACAUGGACCGACUUCAACCUAGCCAAGAGUUGGGGCGGUCUGCAGGUUUAUGUUGUACAGGCGAAGUUUGAGCUGUCAAAAGAUAUUAAAAUGCCCGAUACUCGCAGAAGACAAUUGGCAUCAUCCUGCCACUUUGUGUUAAGUCCUGAUGAUCUUUGCAACUUACGAGAAACCACCCUCUCCCUUGAAGAUGUGCGUAAAACGUGUACACUUCUGAACCCUUCGCUUGUUCGAUUCAUGAAUCGUCAUCAUAUGGAACCUCAGAUGAUGUGUUAUUGUUUCGGUUCUACACCCCCGGAUGAUUUCGAAGGCGUUAAAACCUCUUCAUGUUCAAAAACCGGCUAUGGGUUAAUGGCAGAGCUUUCUCGGCGCGAUGCAUGGGAUAAUGAAUUCGCGGACCUGUAUUGGAAUAAAGCCACCUGGAAGUCAAGACGCGAGAAAUUGGAAGAACAGGCUAAAGUUGAGACGGCGAUGAGAAAAGAGUGGGAUGAGAACUAUGUGAAGGGGUCUAGGCAUUGGAUUUCGGUGUGGCAGUGA